CAUGUACUAUCGGAAGCGGAAGUUGAAGUUGACAAAGGUGUACAACUAUUACGAGUGUGUGCACAAAAUCGAAAGUUUGACAAUGUUUUCAAACUUCAUCAAGAAAUAAGUAGUAAUAAAUCAUUAAAGAAUAAUUGCUGAUCAAUUUCAAACCAAAAUAGUCUACAAAGGAAUACAGAUGUUCUCUUAGCAAUGCCAGUUACUAGAUUCCAUCCGUAUCAUGGACAGAACAUCUGUCUUGACCAUGAUGACCAAGUUGCAUAUAGAACUACAAGCUUUGCUCAUGCUCUCACAUUCAGUGAAAAACCAUUAAAACCGGGUGAAAUAUUCCUCGUGGAAAUUGAGAAAAAUGAGCGAGGCUGGAGUGGCCAUUUACGUAUAGGAUUAACUCAAUUUAACCCCGAUGAAAAAUUUGAUUUACCACAAUAUGCACUUCCCGAUCUGGCCAAUAUGGGUAGGUCGUGGAUUUCAGCCAUCACGAAAUCCUAUAACCGCGUUUAUACACAAAACAAUGACCAAGGCCACUCAGAACCUUAUAAAUCUGUGUUAGGGGAUUCGGAGAUAAUUCAUACACCUCAAGGAUCAUUUAACCGGAGUUUAUUAUUACCACUAAACAGAUUGAACUCAGUUUAUGCACAUUUCCGUAGAGACCACGAUCACGUUCUGCCGACUGAUAUUGGAAGUAGGAUAGGGAUCAUGUAUAAAAUUGUUGACAAUUUUGCUGAAAUGCACUUCAUUAUAAAUGGAGAAGAUCAAGGACCUUGUGUAAAGACAAUACCGUACCAAUCUGGUCCCUUAUAUGCAGUAAUAGACGUGUAUGGCACAACAAAACAAGUGAGGAUAAUUCAGCUCUAUGGAGUUUCAUCAUUACAGAAUGUAUGUAGGGACAUGAUUCUUCAAACAAUCAAAAAAUCACAAGUGCACUACCUUCCUUUACCCAACAAAAUCAAGAAGUUUCUACGAUACGAAUGUCAGCUGUGAUAGAUGUUACAUUCUUCAACCUAGACCACAUCUCCUGAUUGUACAAGAAACCUAAUCCAGUUCUCUCCCUUUAAUACAUGAUACAGACCUGCAGUUACUUCCCUUUUAUAUGUAUGAAAAAGAAUUCAGUGAAUAUUUCUUUUUGAAUCGUGAUAAAGAACUCUGCACUUAUUGCCAUUUAAGACACAAUAUGGUUUUGAAGUGAAUUAUUUCCCUUAAGAACCUAACAUUUCAAGAAUUUCCCUAUAUGAGAUGUUUCUGAACUAUGCAGUUGUCCCCCUUAAUUAUCUGAUUUUCAGAAUUGUAUGUUUACCAAAUUGCUGAUCUUAUUUGAUUUUUAUGAAGUUAUACACAAAUUUUCUUUUAUGAUACUACAUGGUGUGACAUACAUGUGUAUUUUUGAAUGAUAAGUUUCACAAAAUAUAAUAUUUGAAAAAAAAAGUGUAUUUGUUUCAAGAAUUUCAGAAUGAUGCGAAAAUUUAAUUCACAUAUACUGUACUUGAAAUAAUUCAAAUAAAAUGUUGACCAAACACAAGCUUUAGUAUACUUGAACUAUGUUUUUAAGUGAGUCUUUAAGACUCACAAUGGCACAAUGAUUUUGUCAUAGAUUUUUGUAAUUUUCAUAUAUACUGUUAAGGAGUAAAACUUUCAUGUUCAAAAUAUUAUUUCAUGUAAAAUGCAGACUUAAAUCAUUAUUCAUUUAAUGACAAUGUUGCUAAAUGUAUGGAAAAAUGUUUUGUUUGGUUAUCUGAGUAAUAAGAGCUUCUAUAAAGGUUGUUUUUUGUUUAUAAGUUCUACUGUAUUUUGUUGUUACAUGUACAUGAAUUACUAAGUGCUUUUUAACUUGACUAAUCCGACAAUAAAAGGGCUAUAAUACUCACUAAGUUAAUGUUUUGCACCUUUCAUUUUUUUUUUAACAAGUACAGUAGCUGUAAAGGUUUUUCAGGUGCCUGCAUAGCUCAAUUUGGAGAGAAUUCAAUAAAAUUAUAAUCCAGGGGUCCCUGGUUCAAUCCUCAAGACGAGGCAAAAUUUCCCUGUGGACAGUUGUGGCGUUAAGCAUAAUGAUCCCUCCUCUCUCAUUCAUCUUUCACUGCCCAGGUUUUUUUUCCAGGAAUUUGGGAACAUGACCUUUCCCUAUAGAAUUGGGAAUUGCAGUGAUGUUUUGUUAAAAAUUUGGAAAAAAUGCAUAUUAACUUAAAUUUUGCAGUGAUUAAAUGAAUUCAAAGAAUCAAUGUCUAGGAUGGCAUCUUCAAACAUUUAAGCACCAUAACAGAGAAGAAGCCCUUAUUUUCAAAGAUUUUAGAAUUUCUUAUUCAUUAUUUUUACAUUGUAAUUUUCAAUUGUUUAAUUUGGGAAUUUGACUGAAUAUAGGCAAUAAAAUAAGCAAAAAAAACAAACAAACCCCAAAACAUCCCUGCUGCUGAUUCAGAGAUGUAGAUUAGUAGUUGGUCACUUGUAUAGUAAUUGUUAAUACCUGGUAACACGUAGUUGGCUCUUAGAUAUACAUGUAACCAAAAAAAUGUGUUAAAAUAGGUGUGUAAAAACAACUUGAAUCUUCACACAAAAUUUAAAUUUAACUCACUGUGUAAGGCACACAACUUUAGCAUUGAGUUUCACUGAGUUACUCCCCCUGUGUAAACUCGCAGAUAUUUCUGUCUUAAACUCUUUUUCAUAUUCUUGUUUCACUAUCCUAAUAUUGAGAAUAGUCAAGCUACAUUGUAACUGGCAGCUCUUGUUUAUUUUCAUGAACUAUUGAUAUGUUUUGUAGAUAAAUAAUGAAAUUCUGAUUGUAAGUUUGUAAUAUUUGUACUUCAUGUACCAUAAUAAUAUAAUUUUUUCAUCUUUUUCGAAGAGGGACUACACUAAACCUUUAUUGUUUUGUUUUUUGUCAUAGAAGAUUUUGAGACUAAAAGAAAUGCUUUAACAUAUUAUUACAUGUAUGUUGCAAAGAAAUCCCUGAAUAGUAAGUAACUCGAGGUAUUUCUGAUUCCAUUUGGAAAAUUUCUUACAAGGUGUUGGAAAUUACAGUCGGAUAUACAGUGUUACCUCUGUUGAGUGACCACCUGUAGAACAUUAACCUCUAUACAACAAUAGAAUAAAAAAUUUGCAAUGAGGAACAUCAUGUGGUUCUACUCAGGUGCCCGUUUGUACCUGAAAUAACGCAUGUAAGGGCACCUGAGGUCUUCCUCAACCAGUAAAAGCUGGAAUGUCGCCAUAUGACCGAUACUGAGUCUGUGUUACGUAAAAACGAGAAAAAAAGAAAGCAAAGAAAAAAAGAACAAAUAUUUGCAAACAUAGUUUAAACGCUGAAUUUAACCUGCCAAACUAAGGUUUUAUCAGAGGAUAACCACUCUUACAAUGUAGAAGGAACAUUUUUUGGCAAUAAGCAAAAUCUUUGCUUUCCGAAUGGUGUUGGUCUAUGGAGGUUUUACUGUAUAUCUAGAAGCUUUUGUGCAGUAUUAGAAAAAUGCCUGCAAGACUACUUAAAUUGUUACUUACUUUAAAUAAUGUCAAUAUCUAAACAAAAAAAUUGUUACAUUUAUGAUUAGAAAAUAGUCUGGCUAUCCUACUGUCCCUGUUAUCAGUGUUAGCAUAUUACAAUUGAUUAAGGUUUUACUUUGCAUGUGUUUGCAACUUUUUACUUUAUUUAUUUUUCAGAAAUUAUUAAAGGUGUUCACAUUGUAUGUGUCCAAGAUCUUAAUUGUUGGUUACUUAGGCAAGACCCACAACUCUGGCAUAAAUUUUUACUGGUUUAUUCUUCUUAAUGAACUACUUACAGAAGCUCCCAUUGUUUGACAAACAAGCACAGGGAAUAGUCAUUAGUCAAGCAGUCUGCUCAACAAUUUUGAUUUUUUUUAAACACAUUGUUUUCUUCUUCAAACUGUCAGUUUAAUGCUAGCGUAUUCCUAACCCUGAACCUGCUGAAUUUCUUAAAUAGACAUGUCCAGGUUUCAUUGAUUGAACUGUCCUUUUUCAACUUUGUGUACAGUAUAUUAAUUUAAAGUGAAUAUUUGUUAGUCACACCAUAGAAUAUAAACCCUAGUUAGACUGCAUGGAUGUGCAGGCUGACAUGGCUUCAUACUGGUGGUAAAUGAUUCUUUAUUUCAGUUCCAGUAGGGAAAGGUUUCAACUGUGGUCUGUGUGUAUUUUUAAACUGUUUAGUUACUGUGUUUUACAUGGGAGUCUGAAAAAAAAACCUCAUAGUCAUUAAAGCUAGAGAAAUGAGACACAGGGAUAAUUAGUGGCUAAGAUGGUUCUUUCUCAACACAGGGGUCAUAAGUUUGAGUGGUACUCUCAAUGACACCAAUGACUUUCUUUUAUGACACCAAAACUAGGUAUGCUCGGGUUUCAAAUGAAGAAUACUUUAGAUUACAAAUACUUUGAAUUAAAAAUACUCGAAAUUAUGCAUACUUUAAAUAAGCUUAUGGCAUUAAUGUCAUACUGAUUAUUAAAGGUAAAAAAAAAGUUUGAACUAAAUGUACAAGAAAUGUUAUAUCAAACAUUUAAUGUCAACUGUGUAACAAAGUUCAGGUUAACUAAACCUUUCUGCUUAUACUUGGGACU